CCCGCUCUCUACCUGCUCAGCCAUACACAUGUUGACCAUAUUCGCGGUCUGGAUGCAUCGACAUUCUGCGGUAAAGUCAUCUGCUCGCCAGACGCUAAGGAGAUGAUCUUGAGGAUGGAAACGGCCAAGGACAGGGUGGAUUACGAUAGAGGAGUGCGGGAACAGAAGAUAAGAAGAUGGGCGAGAUUGAAAACCGCUGUGUCGCUCAAUUCCCCUACCAAAUUUGAGAUAUUAGCGGAUGAAACCGUUCUGAUCACUCUGUUGGAUGCCAAUCAUUGUCCGGGCUCCGUCAUGUUUCUUGUUGAAGGCAGCCGAGGCGCAGUGCUGCACACAGGAGAUGUUCGAUCAGAGCCCGUCAUGGUCAACGCACUACGCCGCAAUCCGCUGUUGACGCAAUACAUCAGUCCCUUUAAGGUGCUUGAUGCGAUCCAUCUGGAUACCUCAUGCUUCCUUGGAACUGUUGACGUUCCGCCAAAAGAAGAUGCGGUUGCAGGAUUCAUCAAGCUUAUUAUGCUGUACCCCCCGAAAACGACAUUUUUCAUCAACGCAUGGACAUGGGGAUACGAAAGCAUGAUUACGGCAGUUGCUCGAUUGCUAAAUGCUAAGGUCCACGUGGAUCGCUACAAGCACACGAUAUUCACCCACCUA